AUGACUAACCAUGACUACAAUUUUAUGAACAAAACACCUAGGCCAUUUAAAGAUUUUCUUAGAUCUUCUCUUAUGGUUACAGGUAAAAUAUUAACAUCUGUGGACGGAUUUGCGAAGUCUGUGACGAAAUCUCUAACAGUAAACAAGACAGUCACCGUUAAGAAAGAAAAUCUCUUGUUGAGCAUUGAGAAAAUUCCAAAACAGGAGAUUGUAUUCCCAAAGGAGACCGAAAAUUUAACUGAUUCUAUUACACGGUUCAAGUUACCCGAAUCCGCAUUACAAAAUAUUUCAGGUGACAAUGUUGCAUUUACAGCAGUAAAAUACGAUAAUCUUGGGUCGAGCUUCGAUACCGAGGACACUGGCGAGGAACUCGACUCCAGUGUAUUAUCGCUUACAGUGGACAAUUUGAAUGGCGACCUUAAUGGUAACAUCACACUUACCUUCCAGAGAAUUUCAAGAAACGUCUCAGCCAACAACAAUAUUGCACAAUGUGUCUUUCUAAAUGAAGCAGGGCACUUAUGGAACUAUUCAGGUUGUAGCGUUAACACUUCCCUCUCCAAUAGUUCACAGACCGUGUGUGAGUGUAAUCACUUAACAAACUUUGCUAUAUUAAUGAGUCUGGAUAAUAGAAAGCUAUCAGAAGAGGAUAAGAAAUGGUUGACAAUGAUUUCCAUCAUUGGAUGCAGUUUUUCUAUAGUUGGAGCAUUUGCAACAAUUGUCAUAUACUUGUAUUUUUGGAGAUACAUUAAAUCACGAAGAUCUGUACUGAUUAUCAACCUUUGUGUGGCGUUGUCAUUUGCAUAUUUGUUGUUUCUAACAGCUGGAAACCAAACUAACAAUGAGACCGUGUGUACUGUCAUUGCGGCUCUUCUUCAGUACUUUUUCCUUGCCAUGUUUUGCAUUAUGUUGGCCCUGGGAAUCGAUCUGGCAGUGGCCAUACUUGAUGUUUUCAGUACCAGAUCUAGCUCUGCUCUUUUACUACUACUGGGCUGGGGACUACCAGCUGCUGUCGUGGGAAUCACGCUCGGAGCAACGGAACUGCAUGACAUAGGGAGUAAAACGUUUUGCUGGCUGAGAAAUAGUGCUCUUUAUGGUUUUAUUGUUCCUGCCCUGAUCAUUAUUUCGGUAAAUUUUAUCAUCGUUGUUAUGGUAAUGAAAACGAUGUUCUCUUCCUCUUUUAUGGUGAAAAAGUCUCUGAAAGAAAAGACAAUAAGUGGGGUUCGAGGAAUGAGUGCAUUGUUACCUGUCCUUGGGUUGACUUGGGUUUUUGGAAUUUUAUCAAUAGAUAGCAGCACCAUUGUCUUCAAAUAUUUAUUUGCCAUAUUUAAUUCCUUACAAGGCCUUUUUAUUUUCCUGUUCCAUGUUUUAAUGAACAAUCAGGUUCGGCAAGCCAUGUCAAGAAAAAUUAGAAAAUAUGAAUCAAGAACUUUAACGACGCGAACGUCCAAGAACAAAUUAGUUUCAAAAUCAAAUUCUAAAGAUUUAUACAGUGAAGAGGAAUUCAAAGAGGUCAGAAAAUACUCUGAGGGAUCCAUUAUACCAAGGAUACAAUUACCGAAUCCUGUUUACCGAGGAAAAUCGACGCCAUGUUGAAUAUUUCUUAUAAUGCGUUUUGAUACUCUUUUUGCAUUAUCAUCAUUUGAUAUGUGAUUUUGGACUUUAAAGAAGAGGAUAUAAACGUAGUGAAGUCUAGAAAAACUAUAUAUUGAUGAUAUACUAUUUCGUGAUUUUUGCUGUUCAUGUACAAAAAAUUAUUAUUAUUGGUUGACAUCCCGCUUCAUAAUGAUUUAGAUAAUGGUCACUUGUUUAUAAAAACUGUUCAUAUAUGCAAUGAACAUUGAAGAUCGAGUGCAUAUAAUUAUUAUGCUGGAGCAUAAACAACUU